AGCUGCCAUGGUUGGGUCAGCUAAUGGCCGCUUUUGCUUUAGUUGUAUUUGUAUUUCCUGGUGCUUGCCUCGCCAGGCAUGUAAAUCAGGAUUGUGGGUCUGUUUUUUGUGGAAGCUUGAAUAUCAGUUCCCCAUUCCGGUUGAAAAACCAACCUCCUCACUGUGGUGACCGUAGGUAUGAAGUUGAGUGUGAGAAAAAUAACCGCACCACUUUGAUUUUGAGAGAGGGGAAAUUCUUUGUCGAAGAAAUAUUUUAUGAAAAUUACAUGAUGCGAGUGGUUGAUGCGGGCCUCGACAUGGAUGAUUGCAAUUCCCUCCCUCUCAGUUUCGCAAAUGAUGCUUAUUAUUAUAACUGUGAAAAAUCGGUUCGAUUGUAUUAUGAUGAUCAUGAUUAUAAUCUUAGCCUUAUGCAUGUUGUGAAUUGCACGAAACCUAUAGAGUCAGCUCUCUAUAUUCCAGCAUCUCGUUGUAGGAUCAACUCCAAUGCCUCUUCCUAUUUCUACUUUUUAGACGGAGGAACUCCGCUGUCUGAUUUCAGUCAAUCCUGCACCUUGGAAGCGGAGGUUCCAAUUGGGGUUCAUAAUAUCUCAGGCAUGUCUACGCUGGAUAUCUACAAUAAGCUAUCUGAAGGAGUCUUUAUUGACUGGAUGACGGAGGACGACUUGAAGGAGUAUUGCGCCAGCAACCAAGUUUCAUUUCAAGAUUACGUUAAUAUUGAUAUACAUAUAUCUCGUCUUUGUAUUUCUACAGAUAACUAUACUGAAGCGCCAGGAGCUUAUGAUCAAUAUGUUGAAGGAACAGUUGGCCUAAUCUUACUGAGGACUUCGGCUGGGAUACUUUGUUUGCUUGCGCUUGUUGCGUAUACAUGGAGGAGGAGACAUCUAUCAUUUGAUGAUAAGAUCGAAGAGUUCCUUCAAAGACAAAACAAUCUAGUUCCGAUCAGGUAUUCUUUUAAACAAAUCAAAAAAAUGACCAGAGGUUUCAAAGAAAAAUUAGGUGAAGGGGGCUACGGCACGGUAUUCAAAGGAAAGCUUCGUAGUGGACAUCAUGUGGCCGUAAAAUUGCUUGGUAAAGCAAAGGGUAAUGGCCAAGAUUUCAUAAAUGAAGUUGCCUCUAUUGGGAGAAUCCAUCAUGCUAAUGUGGUAAAACUCGUUGGAUUUUGUGUGGAGGGAUCAAAGCAAGCUCUUGUAUAUGAUUUUAUGUCAAAUGGAUCUUUGGAUAAAGUUAUAUUUACGGAAGAAAAUAAGAAUACUUUGGGCUGGAAAAAGAUGUUUGAGAUUGUGCUUGAUGUGGCUCGAGGAAUCGACUACUUGCAUCGAGGGUGUGACAUGCAAAUCUUGCAUUUUGAUAUCAAGCCACAUAAUAUUCUUCUAGAUGAGAACUUCAAUCCAAAAAUUUCAGAUUUCGGUCUCGCUAAACUGUAUUCGGUAGAUGAUAGCAUUGUGUCUCUCACUGCAGCAAGGGGAACAAUAGGAUAUAUUGCUCCCGAAUUGGUAUACAAAAACCUGGGAGGCAUCUCAUACAAAGCCGAUGUUUAUAGUUUCGGGAUGUUACUGAUGGAAAUGGUGGGAAGGAGAAAGAAUGUGAAUGCAUUCGCUGAUCACACCAGCCAUAUCUAUUUUCCAUCUUGGAUUUAUGACCGAUUGGAUCAAGGUGAGGACAUGGAGCUUGGAGAUGCUUCUCAUGAUGACAAAGUAAUGGUGAGGAAGAUGCUAGUAACAGCCUUUUGGUGUGUACAAUUAUUGUCUGCUGAUCGUCCUUCAAUGAAUAAAGUAAUGAGGAUGCUUGAAAACGAGGAUGAGAUACUUGAAAUGCCUCCAAAGCCAUUUCAUCAACUUCCUCUUGACACAUCAUCGGAGGUUCAUGGCGCUGAGAACUUUAAUGAUGAGCCCACUGCAUCAAAGGAUGAUAUUAAUGUCAGCAGCAUAUCAAAUGUUGUUUGA